AUGAUUUUUCUCUGGCUCAUUCCAUUCCUUGCCGCUCAGGUAAUCGAAGAGAAAGAAUGCAUAACUCCGCCGCUGAUUACCGACUUUGAUCUCGCCGCGUACUCUGGAAUGUGGUGGAGCUUAGCGUCCUAUCCUGCAAGAUAUCACAUUGAGAAUUCAAGAUGUGUGAGAUUAUUCUACGACUUGGAGGAGGACAGCGACCGGCUUUAUGUUAAUAACACUUCAUUGAGGCCAGAUGAUGAGGGAAAUUAUUACUUAGGGUGGAGUCAAGGAUACGGUUAUCAACAGUACUCUCGACGGGCGCCGAAUCUUCUUUAUGUGGACUUUAGAAACAUUUUUGACCCCGAUGAGCUGAUCCGUCCAAAUUACUGGGUCUUGGAGACGGAUUAUGAAGAAUACGUGUACGGAAGCAACUGUAACUACAAUGGCACUCACAGCAGCAGAUCAUUUUGGUUCCUAGGACGAGAGAAGGAUUUCGCCAAUUCAGAGAAAUUUCAAAUGUUGCUGGAAAAAGCCACAAACGACUGGGGAUUGAAAGAAGAGUUCCUUGAAUAUCGCAAUAAUGACAACUGUACCUUUGACUACAUACAGGAUGAAUAA